ACAGACGGAACGUAUGUACUUCCACAGACGAAUGAGUGACAUGAAUCACUCACUCAUGUCAUUCGAUUAGCCUGAAGGGUGUCCACGUGUGCAAUGAGAGAAUUAUACAAUCGUACCGCUACACCCCGCUCAGCUCAACAGAGAGAAUGUUCGCUUCGCGACACCGUCGAAUCGAGCAGGCCAAUAUAAUAUGUAUCUGUCUCCACAGAUUAUCUACACACUGAUCGAUCGACUGCAUUCGUCUCCCUGUGGGUGCAGCGUGACAGAGGGUACCUGAGCAGAGGUACACGUGUGACACUGUGUGAACAUACAAAAACAUAUACUGACGCACCAAAAUUGUCAAAACGGUAUAGAUGCAGUGUGAAUGUGUCAGUGUCGAUCACCCACACGCCAUGCAAACACUGCCCCCGCAACAAUCAGCUGACUUCCAUCGCAACCGGGCCUAACCUGCGAAGACAAAGACGUAGACAUUGGCUGCCAUGGACAAAUAUGUGUGUGUCCGUGUGUAUUCCCUCACUCACCUGCUGAUCUGCGCGGCAGGUGAGUCGAUCUUCUCACGCAGACCGACUGUAUGGAUCGCAUACUGUGAGGGCUUUAUGACCUUGACAGGAGAGGGCGAGGGCAUCGAGGGCGUCGGCUGCACAAACAGGCAUAUACGUGUGAGCGCAUGAUGCGCACACACAUGGUGUCGUGUGUGCGUCUGUGUACGUACCUGUCUUGUCUCGUCAGUGAAGAGGUGUUUGGUCAGCUCAUAAGUGCCAAGCAGCACAGCGCACGACGGCAUGAUCUUCAAGCAUCGCGGCACUACCCCAACCCAGAAUGCCCUGUAGCCGCCCUCCUUGUAGAUGUCUUUCAUCCUGCAACACAUACACAGAAACGCCGCACAGACACCAUCAGCCACACCUGCAUGCGUCUGUGGACAUCCAUUUCUCCCCUGUGUGUGUGUGUGUGGUAGCCGCUGACAUGUUAACUGUGCCCUUGGAGAUGCGGAUCUUGUUGCCGCGCAUGGUGGAGUGCCGCCCGAUCACCUGCACACAUCAUCACCAUCCAUCCAUGGAUGCACACCCACUCCCACACCCACUCCCUCCGGAACGAACCGACCUGCAGUCGUGUCUUGACCACGUCGAAUCUACACACAGGCAGAUAGUAGAAAGAUGCAUUCAUUCAUUCAUGGCUCCCACCCAUCUCUCAUGGACAGAUGAGAUGGAUGGAUGGAUGCUUACGGGUGUGUCACAGCACUGGCCACAAGAGCACUCAGACCACCGUUGACGAAUGGGUAGAGGAAGCCCCUCACCACGGGAUGCCGCUCCUCCACACGAUCGUCCAACCUGCAUUGGUUUCAUUGAUGCGAUCGAUGCACACACACACACACAUGUGUGUGCAUGGCAUGGGCGGGUCGAUGGCUCACGUAACUUACAAGCGUAUGAGGCCUUUGCCUCUCUCGUAGAGGUCCCAGUAGAUGGCGGAGAAGGGCACGUCUCUAACCAGAGUGGGGAACACGCCUCGCCACAUGCUGAUCGAUGGAUGCACAUAUGCAUACACACGCCACAUGACGAAUGAAUGAAUGUGUGUGGAUGGGAUGGACGGGUCGAUGUGCGUGUGUGUGUGUGGCAGGUAUGUAUGUAGGUACCUGUAGAGGCCCUCUGUUUGGACGGCUUCCUUGACCAGGCCGAACCCAGUCUUGCCCAUACCCAUCUCGACCUACACACAGACAGACACGCACACCAUACAUACAGAGAGAUAAAAGGGUUUAGGAGGAGUGUCACUACAGUCCAGAUGCCUCCCUUUCCCAUCGCUUAGCACACUCACUUGCCGCCGAGUGCGCAUAUACUCGAACGGUGCGACGACAAACACGACCGUACUCCUGGCUUGAACGCCUACACCACAGAACAUACAUACAAGCACACAGAGCACACACACACGCCGCGCCCAUCCAUGGACAGACACAGCACACACCAUGAUAUUGCGUGUGUGAGUUCGGGUCGUGCGUACCUGCGAUUGCUGGCCCCCUGUGUGAUUAACACAGACACAGACACAGACACACAGGGAAACGUAUGCACUCUUGUCUGUUUUUCUGUUCGUCUGUCUGUCUUCCCACCAGUUCUUCUUCCAUCGCUGAACAACACACACACACACACACACACACACGGGAGAAAUGGCGGUGACUUGUCCGCAUUGCCCCUUUCUGGCUCACUGACUUCAUAAAGUCCGAAGAAGAUGAGGUUGGCGGGCAGGAUGACGGCCAGUGUGGGGGUCAGUCCUGUCCAGAAGCCCAGCAGCCCACGGUUUUUAUAGACGUCUUGCAAGACACGAUACGGUCUGCCACAGAAUGGACCACCACCCAAGAUGCAAUCGUGUGUGCGGUCGUCGUGUGUGUGCGUGUCAGCGCACUGACUUGACAUUGAGUCGGUUGACGAGGUUGGUGGAGCCCUGAGUGUAGUUCUUGACCACAUCAAACGGCGUGCAUAUCACUGAAACCAGCACACCUGUUGACAUGGACGCACACACACACACACACACACGCACACACAGAGAGAGAGAGAGUGAAUGUGUGCGCUGGGCGUCAGUGCGUGCCCCUCUCCCUCCCUCCCUCGGUCAGUGUGUGCGUAUGUGUGUCCCUCCCUCCCUACCGCUGGUCACGCUGGACAGCAGGAGGUGUGAGUGGUCCAUCUUGGGCUCCAGUGGAUCCGGCUGCGCACACAUAACACACACACACACAGGGCAAAAAGUUCGGUGAUGCUCAUGCUUUUGUUUGCAAACAUACAAGGCAACACACAUCGAGGGCGCCGUCCGUGUGCGCAUCUGAUCUGCCUGUCCGCCUGCCCAUAUGCACGCUCCCACCUUGUCUUGAGGGACGUUACGGUACCGAGCCGGCAUCAACAAUCUCUACAGAUCAGCACCUCAGCAUUCGGCAACUAACAUCGCCGUCCAUCACUUCACUCGUACACAGAACCAAACGCC